CGAACACACACACACACACACACAAAAAAAAAAAAAAAAAAAAAAAAAUCCCAACAAGUUCCCCCACCAGGUGUCACAACUCUCUAAAAUACCCCUCCAAAAUACCAAACACUUUUCCAGUUUCCCCUCUAGUUUCUGCCUUAUAUAAAUCCCAUCAUACACCAAACCUUUCUUAGUUUCUUUCUUUGCUAUAUACACAUCGAUCUUCACAAACAGCCUUCAAUACACAUCAAAAGAAGAAGAAGAAGGAGGGAAAAAAAAGAAAGAAAAUCAAAGAUCGAUGAUGAACGAUUUUGAUUCGCAACGACAAGACUCGUUGAAAAGGAGUUGGCAGCAGGAGAUGAGGAGGCAGCAGAUUGUUGGUGGUGGUUGUGGUGGUGGUGCAAUUCCACCUUCUUCUAAUUUUACGGGAAACCCUAAUAAUAUUGGCCAUGGCUUCCCAAGUGGGCUGCUUGAUCACGACGAUCUCGUCUCGACGGUGGUUCCCGCUGUCACGGUGGUGCUGGAAGGCCGUUCGAUCUGCCAACGCAUUAGUCUCCAUAAGCAUGCAAGCUACAAAAGCCUCGCCAAAGCUCUCCGACAAAUGUUUGUGGACGGUGGGGAUAAUUCCGUCACAUCUGACAGUGAUCUUGAUCUUUCAAACGCUGUUCCUGGUCAUGUCAUUGCUUAUGAAGACAUCGAAAAUGAUCUCCUUCUUGCCGGCGACCUCAAUUGGAAGGAUUUUGUACGCGUUGCAAAGAGAAUCCGAAUACUGCCAGCCAAGGCAAAUUCAAGAAAAGGAAGAUCAGGAAUGGUUUAAGUGUUGUGAGUGAUGGGUAUAUUUGGCAUUUUGCGGAUACAAGUCAAGCAAGUUAUUAUAAAGUCAGUCAUAUUACAAGAAAAAAAAAAAAACAUUUUUAUAUAAAUAUAUAUGUGAUGGAGAUUGGAAACUUACAUUAGGGAAUGGGGAAUGGGGAAUGAGGAUAACUAUACCUAAGUCCUUUGGAAGCAUCUGUACUUUUGGGUAACUAAUCUCUAAACAAGUUUGAUCUAAUAUAUAUAUAUAUAUAUAUAUAUGUUUCCAGUUCCUUGUAUAAAUAAAACACCUCUAGAUCUUCUUCUCUCAUAAUAUAUCCUUGAAAUUUUUAUU